AUGCGUCAUCCCAGGAGACUCGUGUUGGCAAGUUACCUUGGGGCUUUAAUUAUCAUGACCAUCUUAUCUGUUCUUGUUGGCUGGGCAGCUCCUAAUCUAGUAAUGAGUGAUUUCAAGUCCAUGAUUUCAGUGAAGUAUGAGGCCGCGGUAUUCUUCAAACCAUGCCGGAAAAAGCCAAAAGCUAAAUUAAGCUCAACUGUCUUGCCAAGGCAACGGAGAAGGAGAGGCGCGCCAUUGUCAAGACUCAAAUGCAAGAGCAACAAGAAAAGCAUAAAUGGCUGCAAAUUUCAUACCGCCUCUGGCCACAGUGCAUCCCGCUAUUCAACCACUAGCCUUCUUGCUCGGCACUUGGAGAGGCCAAGGCGAGACUUCUCAAGAGUUAUUGAAGAAAAAGGAAGAAAGCUUAUCUUUGUUCAAUCAAGCUACAUAAUAGAGACAGUUGAAGCUGAACGGAUAUCACUUGAUCAUGUUGCUCAUCUUAAACCAUCUGAUGGUGGUUCAGCUGCAACUCAACUGGUUGCUCACCUUACUGGCAUACAUAGUGCCAUCAAGAUGCUGAAUAGCAAAAUCAAAGUACUUCAUCACUAUCUUCUUGCAAUGCAGAAAGGUAAAUCCAUUCAAAUUUUCUAG